GCAGCGAAACAUUGCCGAUACGCUUCAGAAGACCGCUACCGAUCGUUCCAACGAUGGAGGUCCGGUAGAAGACGGAAAAUCCCAGUCAAAACUUGGUGGACCUCCGGGUGCCGUCGUGGCAUCGUCUUCUACUGCACACCUCGAGCAGGAGACAAACCAGCUGGCAGAAUCAGGAGAUGAACAAGACGAGGCCGCAGAUGAACCAGUCCGGCUCACCCUACCGGACAACGUUGCUAGCCAGCACGCCUGGUCUUUGGAAACUACGAAAAAUGCCCACUCGUUCCUGUUGCAAAACGAGGAGUGGCCAGACUUCCUGGAAAAACUCCACAGCGUGUCGUUCCCCCCAGUAGCUGCUACUCCGACGACUGUUCAAGAUCCGCACGAAAAAACACUGCUCGUUACCGACGAUGCAGCCGAACAGGAACACGAGGAUGAAGACGCUUCAAGGUCCUCGUCCGAUAGUGCGUCGGUACUGUAUCUGGCUCUGGCCCUCCAGAAACUUGCGGGACGGCUGGAGGCAGGCGUAGGCGUGACGCAAUCUUCUUCGAAAAAGACCGGUCGCCGCUCUACCCCGGCACCCUCCAAGUUCAUUCCGUUUCAACUGCGAUCCAUCAUCACAGAAGCUGUGAAAAGACACGUUGUGCACCGUACCCCAAUAGCGGUCGUUUCUCUCGCGGGAGAGGAAUCAAUAUGCACUGCAAAAGUAUCGUACUCGUAGUAAUUGCCGGAUGCAUGACAAAUCUCCUAUCUUAGGUGAAUCAGCAUUGCAAGUUCUAUUUUUCUUCUUGGAGAAAUUUGUCAUGCAAUUCCCACUAGUUGUACGAUACUUUUUCUUUUGCAAUGCAUAGUCCACAACUGAACCACCGCUGACAACCUGGACAACCUGGAAAAAGCCGACUUUCUGCGAGUCGGUUCUACGACAGUGCACAACUCCCGCCCCUCCCCCUCAUUUGUCAUGCAAAAUACCGAGUCCACAUCUUGCCUUGAAGGAUUCGGCGCAUGACAAGUUUUGGACGCCCAAACAGGACUACAUUCCAGGUGCGGAUUCAUUGUCAUGCAAAAGCUACACUUGUGGCAUUGCUUCUGUUGCUGCUCAUGCUAUAUAAAUGAGGGGGAGGGCAAGUUGUGCACUCUCAUAGAUUCGUUCGGUGCUACACAAACAGCAGAAAUUUAUCGUUGAGCAGGAAAGCGAAACGUUUGGAAAGGAGCAGCACGCCCUGCUCGGCUGCGCCCAC